AUGCAUCAGCAGGGCGAGAGAAGAGAUAGCAAGACCUUCGUAGUCGUCGACGAAGACUGCGGCAUACCAGCUUCGAUCGUGGAGAACUAUCGAGCUUCACCCGACAACGGGGCCACGGCCCAAUCCGACCCUCGAAGCUAUCUGCUUUCCAUGUCGGAGUUCAACAAGCAGCAGGGUUACGACGAUGUGUACGAAUACAAUCCCACCACACGAUCCGAACACGGGCAAGACUACACCAGUUUCGGGGCCCAGCCGACCUUCACAAGCCAGUAUGUAGGCACUCAGGCGCAGGUACCAUCCGGUCUACCUCAGUCAACUGCACUCUCCCUGGUGCCAUCUGCUCAACAAUACAGCGGCCCGCAUGAUCCCAUCUACCAGGCGCAGAACGAUCAGCAGUAUGUACAACAUCCUGCAUAUCUCGACACGCCUCCGCGUCAAGCUCCGGAGAUAAUCAACAUUACGCCACGUUCCGGCUACCAAGGCACCAGAGUCACUGUUCACUUCCGAUCGAUCUACGACCUCGACAAUCCACCAAUCCGAGCCUUCUUGAUGUUCGGCACCCGUAGGUGCGAGAGCCAACUCGACAAGACCAGCUAUCAAGACGGCAUGUAUCAGUACGCUAUCACAGCGGACGCUCCGUCGUUGUCGAUGUCAAACUCACCGUCGCCGACUCCACUGCAUCUGCUGUUCGACAGUGAUCUCGUAAACUGGGAGCAGUCGACACUCGAGAUUGGCGACUUCUUGUACCUCACCGCACCGUCUUACAGCUAUCCGGCCGACUCCCCUCAGAGCACCACCAGAAAGCGGAAGUUGUCGGAACAAGUAUCUCCUCGACGUUCACCUACCAAGAAGCCAUCGUAUGCUCAGCUCGCUGCACCUUCUCGUCAGCUCACCCAGUCAUACCCGAACACCAGCCCUGCUGCCAACUCAGCAUCGGCUUUUCGACGUCCUAGUCUCCCAGACGCCUACUCACAGGUCCGCCGAGCCAGUACAGACUACCAUCACCCAUACAGUGCACCAUUGCCCGUUUCCCAGCAGCAGCAGUACUAUGGACCGGUGUCAGCGCAGACAACGCCGUCACUACACGCUGUGCAGACACCAUCAUGGGCUUACCCGCAUAGCGUCCAGAUGGCUCGCAGUCCUUCUGGUGCCAGCUUGUCGGCUAGCGGACGUUCUGCUCACCUUCUGCCGUCGCCCGGUGGUGUCAGUAACCCACCGCUUGUUCGUACCUCGACUCUGUCUCAAUCUCCAAGCACGCCAGCGACCUCAACUGCGAGUUUCAACCCGUACGCUAUCUAUCCAUCGAACGCAAAGGCACUACUCAAGCUCGAUGGAGAGCUGGGUCAUAUGGUCAACGACUGGAGCAAAGAAGAGUGGGAUGUGCAGCGACGACUGGUACAAUUUCGACGGAGCCAAACAGGCAGUGUGAUCACCGCCAACUUCGAGCCAGUCACGCCUGAGACCCGCGCACCUAACAGUAUCUGUGUGAGCUGCAUCUGGUGGCAGGAGAAGAAUGAGUGCUAUGUGACUAGUGUGGACACCAUCCAGCUCCUCGAAGCACUCGUCGCCGUCCGCUUCACGGUCGAGGAGAAGAACCGCAUCCGCCGCAACCUUGAAGGCUUUCGUCCAGCAACAGUUUCGAAAGCAAAGCAAGAUAGCGAGGAAUUCUUUAAGCUGAUCAUGGGUUUCCCGAGCCCCAAGCCGCGCAACAUCGAGAAAGACGUGAAGUCCGCGAGCUAUUCCUCCACCGCUGGGGCGCUGCACACACCCGCAGGAUCAAGCUACACAUCUACCAUCAGCAGAGCCUCAGACGCCGGCUUCGACACCUCGUACUCGCACGGUAUCUCUCCGAGAUCGAGCGCGAGCUCGUCGGCCGCCGCCCAUCAUGCAGCCGCUGUCUAUGCACCCGCUCACACCAUGGGCAACAUAGGCUACUCGCCACACACACCGAGCCUUCUUGGAUCAGCUGCUGGUCUCGGCAUCGGGCCGUCAGGUGCUCAAGGCUCGGACAUGCGCCUUGCCGUGCCCGUCCCCGCCCCCGGCCCCGUCGCAUUAGCAGCUGCCACACAACAAGCAGGCCAUGGUCAAACGACAUCCUGGCACCAACCUGUAUCGCAUUACGCGGACAUGUCUUUGACCGCUACGACGCAACAGCAGAAUCGUACGGCGUGGGAUUACAACUCUUUCAUGGGUAGCUCGCCUGCGACUGGUAUGCCCGGAUCUGUGCCGGCGUACAACUAUGCUACGCAGCAACAUGCUACUUCACAUUUGCCUUCUUUGACUGCCCAACCCACCAUGGCCACAGAAGCCCGCUUUGUGCCCUUGCACGAUUACGAGCAGCAGGGUCAGCCGACCUCGACAGCUUGA